AUGGCGUCUCACACCAAAGAAGCCAAAAAAGACGACGGCCCGCCUCCAUACUCUGAACAUGGAACAGACGGCGCGGCAUCACUACCACUAACUGCCACUGCCACUGCCACUGCGGAAGCGCCUCCCCCUCCCCCUUGCACACAACAACCUCCCCUCCCGCGCCAGUUCCCCCCCGCAUUCAACAUGUACAUCGAAAGCCGCCACCGCUACCACAUCGGCGUCCACCAGUCCACCCCGCUCUACGCCGUAACCCUCUCCCGCGCCUCCUUCUCGCACCCGGAGGUCGUCCUGCACAGCGGCCCCGGGCACCAGACCCCCGCGCUGGCGGUCGUAGCGCGUCCCUCCCGCAGCGGCGAUCUCACGGUGACGCUGGCCGCCGCCGCCGCCGAGGAACGCGUCGAGACGCCGGCGUUUCUGGGCGGCGGGGAGACGUUUUCGUUUGGGGUGGAGGUCGGGGUGGGGGUAGGGGACGGGGGGGGAGAGAGGGAGAGGGAAAGGGAGAGGGAGAGGGAGAUGUUUGAGUGGCGCAGGUCCAGGGGGGAUGCGGUUGCGGCGUUGGGGGGGAGGGCGAGCGGGUGGAAGUUGGUGAGGAUGAGGAGGGAUGCGGCGAGCGGGUUGGGGGGAGGGGGACGGGGACGGGGACGGGGGCAGGGGCAGGCGGGUGUGUUUGGGAGGGGCGCGGCGGCGGCGGGAGAUGGCAGGGAGGUGGUGGCGGUGUGGGCGUGGGCGAAUAUGAGUCUGACGAAGAAAUUGCGGUUUCGGUUUCUGGGGACGGGGGCUAGUGGGGUGUUGGGGGAGCGGUGGGCGGUUAUGGCUGUUGCGACUGCGUUGUGGGCUUUUGAUAAGGAGAGGAGGGCUAGGGAGGAGUAGGGGUUGUUGGUGUUGGUGUCGGUGUCGGUGUUGGGGAGGGAAUAGGAGUUGUGGUUUGGGAAUUUGGUAGUUAGUAUGCUAUAUGGCAUAACUACCUAGGUAACUAACUAUAGACUAAUGUGGAUUUACUGCCAUGUAAAGUGUCUCGGCGUAAGGUAGAUUCGUUCGUCACAUUGUGAUUAUAUAACGAAUGCUGGAACCUAUGUUCUGUCUAUCCUUUGGGAUCCAUCACUCUUGUGAUGUGAUUGAUCUAGACGGGAAGCCGCAUAGCAUAUCGAGGUAUCAUCAACCGAAAUCCAAGCUGACGAGACUGGUAGGCUCUUUUCGUGUCUCAUUUAGCCAUUUCUUGCUCUAUUAUGUACAGGCAAUGCUUAACCAUGCCGACACGUACAACGAGAUUACCAUUCAAUAGACGUGUAUAUUAUCAGAGCUAGGUAAGACAGAUUUGAGGCAGCUAUCCCUCGAGCACAG